UCUGAGCCAAAGCGCUGCGAAUCAAAACCACGUAUUUCGUAUUUAACGAAAUGUAUUAAUUGAGGACAAGUUGUGGUUAGUUCAUGGGUUAUCGGAGGGUCAUUGCUCCACGCGGUGGAAGUCCUCCGAGGAAAUGUAACGACAGUCGCGACAACUUUAACGCGUCAACAAGACCUCUCAGGAUGCACUGGAUAUUGGUGUCGAAUUUACUGGGUUGGUUUCAUGGUUAUGCUUCUGCCUUCACGCUGCAUACCAGCCCAACGGUGGCCAGAGAGCAGCCCGACUACGAGUAUGUGACGGACAGACUGACGUGGCACAGCGCCGGGCGACUGUGCAGCCGCCGCAUGGGGGCUUUGGCCACGGCCAGCGACGCGGCCGAGACCCAAGCGCUCACCGCCUUCCUGAAGUCCCAGAACAUCUCCCAGCCCGUAUGGGUCGCCAGCAAAGAUCCCCCAGAGAGCCGGGUUCUAGAGCUUGGCCAACUAUCGAACGUGAAGAAGUUCCCGUCCAUGGGCUCCGUGACCGUAUGCCUCCAGCUACGCUUCGCCGACAGUGCCUCGGGUUUUUCCACCAUCAUUUCCUACUCCGUCCCGUCCAACGUUAACGAGCUGCAGAUCCGGGCCAGCUUGGAUGCGGGCCGGCCCGGGCGAGUCCAGCUGGCCUUAUGGAUCCACGGGAACAAUGGGACCUACCGCGACGCUUUCAGCCAUGACGAUUCCUGGCACUCGCUCUGCGUCUCCUGGAGCCAAAAUGGCGGCCGCUGGGAGAUGUUUGCAGAUGGCCACCAGGUGGGCGAAGGCGACGGACUGCACGUCGGCAACGCACUCGGCGCCGACGGUGUUUUCAUCAUCGGGCAGGACAAGGCGAACGAGUCCUUCUCUGGAAGUAUCAGACAGCUGCAUAUCUGGGAGCGCGUGCUGAGCGCCACGGAGGUAUUCUCCAUGGAGACGCAGUACUCAUGUCAAGAUUACAGCAGAGGGGUGGUGACCCUGGAUCCCAGUUUACUGGCCAACCCCAACCUCUCCGUGAAAGCAGUCCAGACCUCCCAGGUCGACUGUUGUGUGACCUUUGACCCUGGGAGUGUCAGUAGGGGUUUUGACAAGUGCGCUGCCCACAGAGGGGCGGUUUGCGAGUUCAAGAAAGAUGGAGCAGACAUACCGAACAGGCAUUUUCCAAAGACCCCCAUCUUUAGCACGUUGAGCAGAGAUCCUCUGGCCAAGCCGGUGAUGGAGGAGAUGAGCGUCAACAGCACCUGGAGCAGAGACCUCCGCUCCGCCGACCUCCUGACCCAGGCUCUGCUGCGAGCGGUGGAGAGGGAGGGGGCCGGCGUCCUCACCCCCACGGACGUCACCUUCCUCUGCCAGAUGGUGGACCUAGACCGGGCCCCCCUGGGUUCCUCCCCUGAGGCCCCCGGGGCCGGGACCAUGGUGUCCGUGGCGACCAACUACCUGAAGUUGGCCAGCAUGGUGCUGGAGCCCCAGACGGCGUCCUGGUGGUCGGGACCCUCGGAGGACGGGGUCCGUUUGGGUCCGUUCACGGUCGUGGAGAGCGUCGACAGACUGACCAGAGUUCUGGCAGACUCUCUGUUCCAUGAGGGAAGAGCUUUCCGUCUGUCCACCAACAACAUAGACGUGCGCGUGGAGAGGCUCAGGCUGUCCCAGGGGAGCUGCAGGCACGUCUUCAAGCCCUCGGCGCUGUCGUCUCACAGAAGCAGCCUGGAGGAGCUGCUGGUCCCAGACACCGAGCUGCGCAGGUUACACAUGCUAGGACACGAGGAGGUGAUGUUCAUCCAUACGUAUUACGGCCGUCUGAAUGAGAUCAUGUCUGCGGCCGAGACGACUCCUCCAGACGACCCGAAGAACGACCAGAGCGUUCUUCCAGGUCACCUGACCACAGCUGUCAUCUCAGCCACAGUUCGAGACCCCGUCAAGGCCCAAACCAUUCCUGUUGCUGUGCAGUACACCCUCACCACCCCCCACGUGGCGGAGUAUUCUCAGCGAGUCACGCCUGUUUGUGUCUUUUGGAACUACACCCUGCUGCGGGAACAUGCCCCUCUCUGGUCCAGUAAGGACUGCAGAGUGACGUACGAGGGCUCUGAUGUCACAUCCUGUUCCUGUAGCCACACCACCAACUUUGCCAUCCUCAUGAACUACAUGGAAUCCAAGUGGAGCGACGAGGAUGAGGCCAUUCUGACCAAGCUGACGUUCAUCGGCUCUGGAGCGUCUCUGUGUGCGCUGGUGGUGACCCUGAUGCUCUUCACCGUGUUAGACAUCCCCAGGUCGGACCGGACGUCGAUCCACAAGAACCUGUUUGUGGCUCUGAUCUGUGCCCAAGUAGUCUUGCUCUGCAGCGGCUCAGCCCUCCAUCACAAGGUGGCGUGCACGGUGGUGGCGGCGCUGCUCCACCUCUGCUUCAUGGCGGCCUUCAGCUGGAUGCUGGUGGAGGGCCUGCUGCUCUGGAGCAAGGUGGUCGCCGUGAACCUCAGCGAGGACCGGCACAUGAAGUACUACUACCUGAUCGGCUGGGGGCUGCCGGCUCUGAUAGUAACCAUCACGCUGGCCUCGUCCAGGGGGCGGUACUCUGCAGACGGUCACUGUUGGCUCAGCGUCCAGAACGGGGUCAUCUGGGGGUUUGCUGGGCCCGUCAUCUUCAUAAUCCUGGUGAACAUCAUGGUUCUGACCAGGGUGGUGGUCAUCACCAUCUCCACAGCCAAGCGGAGGUCCAUCAUGCUGGUCAUGGGCACCAGCACCGUGGAGCAGGCCUACGAGCAGAUCAGGGCUGCGGUGAAAGCGGUUCUGGUUCUCCUGCCCAUCCUAGGCUUGACCUGGCUCUGUGGGGUCCUAGUGCCCUUCUCCAUCGCCAUGGCCUACGUCUUCGUCCUGCUGAACUCCCUACAGGGCCUGUUCAUCUUCCUGAUAUAUGGGGUCUACAACACAGAGGUUCGAAGCACGGUCAACCGCAUCAGGGAGAGAAGAAAAGCUCUCAACUUCUCCAACGGGGCCAGCUUCAGGCCGUCCAGCUCGGGGACCAGCUCCCGCCCAUCUGGCCACACCCCGCCCCAGGAUCACGAGGGUGGGGAGAAGGCGAAGGGGGAGGAGGGCAAAGAGGCAGAUCCUACCAGCACCCCAGUCAGCACCCGGCAGGAACAGGUCAGGUCCCCUGGUGAGUCCCCACAAUGCUGA